UAUGGCAACGCAUCAAAGAUAUGGCUGUUACAGCGCCCAAAAGGAGGAUAUUUUAGUUUGUUGCCUGUUUUCUUGUGGCAGAAGAAUUGUCACAUUGCCAAGAAUGAGCCGAGUGGGAAUGGGAUCCAGAAGACCUGAGGUACUGAAUAUCAAAUUCAAGCUGAUGAUGUCUGGUGGUUGGGGAAAACGUGCAGCAAGUCGUAUUGAUCGAAAACAGUUUGAACAGGAUGAUCUGCUUAAAUCCCUUGGGAGCCAGUUCAAUGUUGACUUCUCUGGAUAUGACCAGUGGCAAAGACGAUCUAAGGUGGUGCAACCAGUUCAAAGGCCACCAGCAACUAAAGAUGAUGUCUCUUUCACUGUUGGUCUUUCCAAAUCUGAUGAGUUGUGUAGACACUCCACAUACAGGGACAAGAAACAGGCAGCCAAGCUUGAACAGUUACAAAAGCAGCGUUCAGAAAGAAUAAAGAUAACUGAGUUGAGGUUACAGACACGGAGAAAGACUUUGCUGGAAUACCAAAGAAGAUACAAGGAGCUUCUUGACGAGAACAUCAAGCUGAAAUAUGCCAUUGAUUCUGAAGAGAUACACAGCCAUGCCACUGUGAAGGCAUUGUUGAGGAAGUAUGAGAAGUACAGGGGUGGUAUGACAACAUUGAGCACAAAUUUUGUGAAGGAACUUGAGGAUGCUUUGAGAGACCUGAAGGAAACUAAGACAAAGCUAUCUGACAGUAUUUCAGGUCUUGAGCAACAAGUGACGAUUGUAGAUGAGGAGCUGAAGAGUCAGCAGAACCAGCUGCAUGUUCUGAACAGCUAUAAGGACAAAGAGUAUCCAGUGAAAGCAAUGAAGAUAUCAAAUCUGCAGAAAGACAUGGAAGGCUUAAAAAUAUCAAAUCAGGACGAACAAGAAGAACUGCAACAUAUAAUUAACACAGAGAUUGGCAAGUACCACAAGAAGAGGGUGCACGUAGCUAAUCAAAUCACACACACUGUCACAGAGAAAGCAGUUUCCAUGAUGCAUCCAAGUUUGAAGGAUAUGGCAUUGCAGAACUUAGUCAUGCAAAAAGAAAUAGAAUUUCACACCCGAGAGCAACAGGACCUGCAGGAGGUGAUUCAAGACACUGAGGCAGAGGUUGAUCACAUGCUGAGAGAUCCACUGACAAAUACAAGGCUGCAGAUGUUUCCAGAGUUUUAUUCCUCAACACAAAAGUGCACCCCAGAAAUGGAGGUGAUUCUGGACAUACCUACCCAAGAGUGGCUUCCCAUCUAAUGAACCAAGGGCUGCUGCUGAAUGAUGUAAUGGAAAUCAUUGUAUUUGAGGGAUGUAUAUUACUUUUAUGUAACAUGAAUGUACAAUAUUAGCUUAGUACACCACCACUAUUCAGACCAUUAUUAUUUGUGUUCAUCCUGCAAAGCUGGUAUCCACAUGAGAUAGUCCUGUGGUGAGAUCAAGCAAUAUCUCCUGUCAGAGCAGCUUUGUUGUGGAAGUACCCGUGCAACCUUCUUUGUAAAGCUGAACAUGCAGUGGAACUACCUAAGUUUCUUAUAUAACCAUUUGCAGCUGACAAGGACAAACAUUAAAGAAACCUUUUGUCUUUUUUCUCUCAACAUUUAUCUGUCCAUUCUUCUUAUAACACAUAAAACAUGUAUGUUGCUGUUGGUAUGCUGUCAAACAUUGAUUUUAAUAGAUGAAGACAUUAUUUCCUCAGAAGAUCAAAAAGUGUAAGAUCAACAACUUUUGUCAUCCAUAGAUAUACUGAUAUGUCAGUUAGUAUCUUGGUUUCCAUUGUAAAAGACUUCAGUGAUUUGUGACAUAAAAAGGUGUCAAAAUCUUCAUUUAAAUUGACGUUUUUGUAAUUACUGUUGAGAAGUUUUUUAGGUUGUCCAGUUUGCAAUGAAACCCAAAUAUUACAAUCAUUACCUAGCCAUGUCCACUGUAUAGAAAGAACAUGACAAUCAACAAAGACUGGUCCUGUUCCCACUGUGUAAUAUAUCAUCUGUUUUAAGACUGCUGUGUUUUCUUGAACGGAAUUUGUGGAAUUAACUUUGAAUGUGUGCUUGAAAAAGGAGAUUUUGUAUGCACCCUAACAUUGUACCCUGAAAUUGUUAGUGUCUUUGCAAUAAAAAUGUAUUGAGUCUGA